AUGGAGAGAAACAACUCAAGGUGUCUUGUGAUAAUGGUUGUCAUGACGAUGAUGAUAAUUCUCUCAGUGCACAAAGUGCAGGCCAAAUUUGAAGAAUGCAAAAAGAAAUGUGCAGAGGAGUGUGCUCAUAGCGAAGUUGUUGAAGUUUGCAACAUCAUAUGUACCAGAAAUUGUGAGAUUCCACCGCGCUCUAAGGCUAUAUAUCUCUGCAAUCUUGGCUGUGCAACUUCCUUGUGCUCUAUCAUCCAAUCUGGUUCAAUAAGUCUCAACCCAAGAGUAUGCAAUGGGCAAGAGCAUAAGCUUUUGUUCGUGUUUGGAGACUCACUGUUUGAUGCAGGAAAUAAUAAGUACCUUAAUAGUAGCAUGAGAGUUGCACAAGCAUACUAUCCGUAUGGAAUAACUUUCCACAAUCAAUCUACUGGAAGAGUAUCAGAUGGCCUCAUAGUCCCAGACUUUAUCGCCAAGUAUGCGAAUUUGAAUAUGGUUCCACCAUACCUACAACCAGGAGCAAACUUUAGUGAUGGAGUCAACUUUGCUUCAGCUGGAUCAGGUGUUUUUGACACUAUGCCUGGCCUGAUAAGCCUUCCGGGACAACUAACCAAUUUCAAGAAGGUGGCAAGUUCAUUAGACAAAGAGGUCCUGAAGAGAUCUGUUUUCUUAAUUAGCAUGGGAGGGAACGAUUACUUUAGCUUCAACAACAAAAACCCUAAUGCGACUCUAGCUCAACGACAGCAGUUCCAAAGGAUGGUGGUUGGCAAUUUAACUAAUGCACUCAAGGAAAUAUAUGAGCUAGGUGGAAGGAAAUUUGCGUUCCAGAAUGUUGGACCAUUGGGUUGUAUGCCAUUGAUGAAACAAUUUUAUCCUCAACUCAACGGAAGUUGUAAUAAAAACCUUUUGGUACAUGGAACAAUGCACAAUAGAGCUCUCUCAAACGCUCUUAAAAAGUUAGAAUCGCGUUUAACUGGCUUCAAAUACUCCAUAUUUGAUUAUUAUACGGCACUUCUUGAUAGAAUUAACCAUGCUUCAAAAUAUGGUUUUAAAGAAGGGAUAAUAGCAUGUUGUGGCACUGGGCAAUUUAAUGGACAAAAUUGUGGAGGGGGAUUUACCGGAAAAGAUGCUUACAAUCUCUGCUCAAAUCCUUGUGAGUAUGUGUUCUUUGAUGGAGGCCACACCACAGAAAAGGCGAACAACCAAUUGGCAGAGCUUAUUUGGAGUGGAGUACCAAAUGUCAUAGGGCCUUACAAUGUGAAGCAAUUGUUUGAACUUUCAUGA